AUGUUUCGCGCGCAACAAAAUGCCUUUGACGAGGUCGUCGCUAAGGCGACCGACGAGAACCUCACCUCGGAAAAUUGGGAAUACAUUAUGGAUGUUUGCGACAAAGUAACUGGUGAAGAUGGUGGUGCUAAAGAUGCCGUUGCAAGCAUGAUAAAGAGGUUGGCGCAUCGAAAUGCCAACGUACAAUUAUAUACUUUAGAGCUUGCCAAUGCGUUGAGUCAAAAUUGCGGCGCGAAAAUGCACAGAGAGUUGGCUUCGAGAGCGUUCACAGAUGCACUAUUGAGACUGGCGAACGAUAGAAACACACAUCAACAAGUCAAGGCAAAGAUUCUAGAACGAAUGGCGGAAUGGGCAGGAAUGUUUACAGACCCUGAUUUGGGAAUUAUGAAUGAUCAGUACCACCGCUUGAAGAGCCAGAAUCCCAACUUACACCCACCUUCCGCCCCAUCAAAGAAUCGACUUACGGAUUUAGAUCGACAGAAGGAAGAAGAUGAAUUACAGAUGGCAUUAAAAUUAUCCAUUCAAGAUAAAAGUAGUCAGCCAAAGGCUGCACAACCAUCCGAUUCAUCCGCUGGACCGGCACAAUCGCAACAAGCUGCACAGCCACAACAAGUACCAUCUGGGACCACUGCGGCUACUGUCUCAAGAGUGAGAGCACUUCACAAUUUCCAGCCUACAGAUGCAGAUGAGUUACAGUUUCGAAAAGGCGAUAUCAUUACAGUUGUAGGAUCAGUAUAUAAGGAUUGGUGGAGGGGAUCCCUACGAGGGAAGACUGGUAUUUUCCCAUUGAAUUAUGUCGAGAAAUUAGUCGAUCCUACACCAGAAGAAUUACAACGAGAAGCGCAAAUGGAGGCCGAGGUUUUUGCCGAAAUCAAGAAUGUCGAGAAGUUACUCACAUUAUUGAGUACUUCAUCAUCUCAAUUAGAUGCCCGUGAUAAUGAGGAAAUUACAAAACUUUACCAUUCUACUCUCGCCAUUAGGCCGAAGCUUAUUGAGCUUAUUGGAAAGUACUCUCAGAGAAAAGAUGAUUUCACACAACUCAAUGAGAGAUUCAUCAAAUCAUGUCGUGAUUAUGAAAGCUUACUUGAUGCCUCUAUGACACAGGCACAACCUUAUCAAUAUGGUCGACCAGGGCAAGUACCUCAAGGUCCACAAGGUUAUGGGUACCCUCCUCAAGCCGCAAGACCACAACAAGAGCCCCAGAGAUAUUAUACACCAUCUCAAUCAGAACCACCAUAUCAGCCACAACCAUCUCCAUCUAACGGUUAUCCUCCUCAACUCAAUGGACCGGCCCCAUUUUACGUUGUAGCUCCAGGUCAACAAGCUCCACAAUCAGAGAAUCAUCAAUCAUAUCCCGGACAACAACCUCCACAAGCAGAGAGUCAUCUACCAUAUCCCAGCCAACAGCCUCCUCAAUCAGAGAGUUAUUUACCAUACCCCGGCCAGCAACCUCCACAAUCAGAGAGUCAGCAGCCAUAUCCCCAAAGAGAUCCUACCCCUCGUAUUCCAUCAGGUUCACAACUACCUCCACUUGAAACUAGCAGUCCUCCUCCAUCUCAAUACCCAACUCCACAACCACAAACUGGACACCGCCCUCAAAGUACAUAUUCUAAUCCACAAGAACUUGCAACUUCUGUCUAUGAUUCUCCAGUUCAACAACAAAAUCCUCAUCCAUAUGCUGCAUACAACGAGACAGACCCAUAUACAGCCACACCAGCCCCAUCUCAACCGCCUCAACAAUACAAUGCUUAUAAACCUCUUCAACAACCAUCACAACCUCCUCAGCCAUCUUAUGAACCACCAGCACCUCCAGCUUCGUUGCCUAGUCCAGUUCAAGGGAGCCCAUAUCCGGUGUUAGGGGAUGCGAGGUCAACCUUGCCUAGCCAGGGGCAAUACAAGGCGUAUCGACGACCGGAUAGUAGUGAUAGUAAUCAGGGACCGAGUCAGGGGCUGGCUAACGCGCCUAGUGCGCCACCCGGGAGUGCAUCCAAUCCGGCAGAUUUUUAUAGAUAA